AUGCUCACUAAAUUGAAAUCUUUUAUUCCACCAAGCAGAUUCAAGAAUAUUUAUUCCGAUCAAGGUCCGGCAAUUAUAGCUGCUGUUAGAGAAUCAGGCUUUUCUUGCGAUCAUAAAUUUUGCUUACGUCAUUUUGCAACAAAAAGGGAAUACAUCAAUGUCUAUUCCGAAAUUGUUGAAGUCGCUUACGCAGACCAUCCUCAAAAACGAAUUGACUUGAUUAAAAAGUUAGAAACUCGUUUACAAGAGGAAUAUCCAAACCGCGAAAAUAAUCAGGAUCUCUUUAAGUACUUAGAUAGUAUUAACCCAUUUGAAGGAUUCGCUGACUACACCGCUGGCAUACUCACAACAUCUCUUAUUGAAUCCCUUAAUGCCGAAAUUAAAGAUAAAUGGGAUACAUAUGAACCCGCCGAACUAAUUAUCCGUCUCAUUGAACAUGAAUUCAAUCUUGUUAAAAAUGUUUUAACAGGUGAUUUUAAAUCAGAUAAUAUUAUCAAAAAUCUAAAUGAAACUUUGAAACAUUCAGAUAUGUUUAGCUCGGUAUUAUAUGAUCCAAUUCAAGAA